CAAAAAUCAACAUGUCUAGCAAAAAGGCAAAGACAAAGACCACCAAGAAGCGCCCUCAGCGUGCCACUUCCAAUGUAUUUGCAAUGUUUGAUCAGUCACAGAUCCAAGAGUUCAAGGAGGCCUUCAACAUGAUUGACCAGAACAGGGAUGGCUUCAUUGACAAAGAGGACUUGCACGAUAUGCUCGCCUCCCUUGGAAAGAAUCCAACGGAUGAAUACCUAGAUGCCAUGAUGAAUGAGGCUCCAGGCCCCAUAAACUUCACAAUGUUCCUCACGAUGUUUGGUGAGAAGUUAAAUGGCACUGAUCCAGAAGACGUAAUCAGGAAUGCUUUUGCUUGCUUUGAUGAAGAAGCAACAGGGUUCAUCCAAGAAGACUACCUGCGAGAGCUGCUGACAACAAUGGGAGACAGGUUCACAGAUGAAGAGGUAGAUGAGCUGUACAGAGAGGCACCCAUCGACAAAAAGGGGAAUUUCAACUACAUUGAAUUCACGCGCAUCCUGAAACACGGAGCAAAAGACAAGGAUGACUGAGUAAAGCUCCUGAUACCUGCAGAUAGGUUUGUUUUUGUUUUUUUUCCCCCCAGUAAUUUUAUUUCUCAGGAUCUGUUUUUUCUUUUUUUCUUGCUGGGACCUUUUGCAUACAUUUUUAACAUUCCAGCUUUUUCCCCUGUGGACUCUGGGGCUGCUCAGGCACACCUGCAUCUGUGUAAUAAGACUGGAAAUGAGCAGGGAGAGAGGAUGGCUUACAGGGAUAGAGGUUUAGGGACAAAGAUCCAUGAGUGUGGACACCCAGGUAAAAAUGUCAGUGCUACUCAUCCUAGCUAG